CGUUCGGCCACGCAACCGGUUGCUCGCGCGUGUUCGCGCCGCGUGUUUCCGCGCUGCGAAUAACUCCCGUUUCUCUUAUCUGCGUAGUAGAGGCGUGCACUUAAGACGGAUAUAUACCUGGCAUCUCGUUGACGCCGGUCGCAGAAAUGGAGAACGUUUCUCUGUCCAAGGGAGUAUUUUCUUAUAAAGGAAGUUACAAAAUUGGAAAGAAGAGAAAGAAAGUUAAAUCCCCAGCGUAUCUUAAUGAACCCUGGUAUAUCGCGUAUAACGAAACGUGGGGAUAUAUCGAGCAGGCUGCGGAGAAUGUCAGGUCGAAAAUGUUCCAACAAGUUAUAUCCAAUUUGGAGUCUUUCGUGUCGAAAAUAAAAGCGACCCCAUUGAAUGUAUUGUCCAAUGAAAUAGCCACGGCUAUUUUGCUGACAGGAGUGAAUGUCCCCGAUCAUACGACACUUUUCGACACGAUAGUGUCCAAGGUUGAUAAAAUAACGUCACACUUAGCAGUCGUUUGGAGCAGAAAUUGUAACAACCUGAAAAGCAUAAUCGAAGACACUGUGUAUCAAUUUAUUCAUCGGACUACAAUUUAUAAAUCAGAAUCGGAUGAUGUUGUCGAAGUGCGUAAAAGUCAAUGCACUAUGCGCGUCUUGAAACAAUUGUUUGCAGAACAUCACGAUCCGGAGGAUCCUUUAGUUAUAAUCUUGCCGGAUUUUGAAAGUUUCCCCACCAAUGUAUUACACGACUUUAUCAUGGUGUUGAGUUCAUAUAGAGCUUCAUUGAAGUUCGUACUUAUUUUCGGUGUUGCGACUACGUUGCAUGUCGUACAUAAAUCAUUGACCUAUGACGUCACGUCGAAAUUAGUAGUGCAGGUAUUCUAUACGCAAACCCAAGUAAAAACACUAUCCGAUGUAUUGGAAAACACUGUUUUCUCUACAAAGAUUCCAUUUAAAUUAAUCGGUCGCGCGUUUCAAUUGCUGACUGAUAUUUUUCUGUUUUACGAUUUUUCGGUAGAUAACUUCCUACAAAAUUACAAGAUAUGCAUGAUACAACAUUUUUACGAGAACAAUGUAACCUCUCUCUGUUGUCAACCGAAAGACAUUAAGAAGAGACUAUCUAAACUCACUGCUGAAAAUAUCGCGGACAUUAAAAGCUUACCGUCUAUCGCUAAAUAUUUGAAAGCGUCCAACGAAAUAGUGAGUGGAGAGGAAGAGCUCAGCGAUAAAGAAUUCAUGGAACUGUUGGAACAGUUGUUAAAUAAAUUCCACAAAUUUAUGGAUCAAUUUUUGAUUAUUUUGAGAUGUUUGCACUGCCUAAUUGCUUCACUGCCAGGCUCGCCAAUGGGUAAACAGUUACGGGAGGUUUAUACCAAGGCGGUUUACACGAAUGAUCUCACGGAGUCCACCGAAUACAAAGAAUGUCUGAAAUUACUGGGAUUUUUAUCGAAGGAGGAACUCCUUUCGAAACUCGAAUCUGUCGUAAAAAUUGUCGAGGAAUCCAAAGAUCCGGAAAUCAAGGAAAUUAAGAUCAACCUCGACAAUCACAUCAAGACAAUUCGAGAAGCUAGUUUAAGUACCACGACUUCUUCCGAAGUCAUCAGUGUGGAAGAGAAACUUAGUCGUAUGCAACUAAAGGAGAAAUUGCUCAAAAUGAGUCAGCAACAGUCGCGUUCCGUUUACAAGCAAGCGCAGCUUGACCUGAUCGAUUACCUGGACCGAAAAAUAUUCUCCGUUCAUCUAAUCGAUCCGAGUCGCGUGACGGCCCACGAGAUAUUUUGCUACAGCGACGGGAACCAGGCGAAGCAUCAUAUUCGCGGCUCUUUGCGGGCCGCCAUACACACGGGAUUGAGCGAUCCGCAGAUGUAUUUGGAUUGCGACUGCUGCAAAUUGGAGAAUGACGACGACAUUCCGCACACGCUCCCCGAUCUGAGUAUAAUUUAUAAGCUGCACUUGGAGUCCAGGAAGCUGAUCAAUAUGUACGACUGGCUGCAGGCGUUCCUGACGAUCGUCGAUCCGCAGGCUCAAUCUAUGGAGCAACGCGACGUGGAUCCGCAAUUGCAAGCUCGGUUUACUCAAGCGGUCGCCGCCCUGCAGUUCCUCGGCUUUAUCAAGACUUCUCGAAGGAAGACGGAUCAUGUAAAGCGCCUUACGUAACAAUAGUAUCGCCCGUUUGAUUGUUUGCUUGGUUUGUCCGCACGGUUUGUUAUAUAUGCGCCGUGUAUGAAUGUGUUAUUCUAUUUUU